AGGUUCCUUCAUUCUUCUACAAAAAAGGAAGUGACCUCAAUCAUGAUGACAUGACCUUCAUGGAACUUCCGGGUAAAAGGUCAACUGAAGUCAAGCACAGAAUCUCGACCGCAGGCAGUAUCUUAAGUUACGAGUUCAAGACAGCGUCCAACGACAUUGCUUUCGGGAUCUACCGGUUGUCGGAAUCUGGAGAGAAGAUCUCUAUCUUAGAUGAGAAGAGGUAUUGCAGUCAUAUCAUACCGGAGGAUGGAGAAGUACUCUUUGAAGAACCCGGAUUGUAUGUGGUGAAGUUUGACAACCGCGGAAGUGCCUUCCAGAAAACACGCAAGUUGAGCUACUGGAUGGAGGUCAUUGAACCCAAAAUCGAACGAUCGUCAACAGGAGGCGCCUUCUUUAACAAUCCGAGAGAUAGUGGAUAUUAUCAAGAGAAUCAGUAUAUGACACCAACCGGACCUAAAUAAAAUCCCCUUUCUUAGCAUAAUCAAAGAGGACUGUAUAAAUGAUAAUAGUCCAGAACCUUCUUCUUUUUCUUCUCUCUGUCUCUAUUGGCCUCUCUCUCUCUCUCUCUCUCUCUCUCUAUAUAUAUAUAUAUACAUAUCUCCCACUCUCUCUCUGUGUGUCUCUCUUGCGCGCUCUGUUUCAGUAUAAUAUAUACUUGUUAUGUUAUGUGGAGGUUAACGGUUCCAAUCCCAGCGCGGCGUUCUAUUAUAAUGUUCUUUACCAAGGUAUCCGUCUUCAUUUGCCACUCUCCUCCCAGUUGUAAUUGGAUGCUAUAGAGCGCCACGUACAUCUUUCUCGCUCGGCUACGGUCGGAUAAAUGGAGUGCUAUUUGAAACAAUGUGACUGACAUUAGCUGUACUAAAAUGACAUUAUUUAUCGGUAGUGCUAUUAUAUCUUUGCUCGUAUAUAUAUAUUUGUAGGGUGCUCGAUCGGUAUCGGGAACUAUUAAGGAUAUCUUGCGUUUCAUAUUUCUAUCAUUUUCUGUAUUUAAAAUGUAAAUGUGAGAAAAAGUCUUCAAAAAACAACUGAAGGAAAGCAAAGACACUUUUCUACA